CAUUCCGCACUCCGCAGCCGCGCCAACUGUUGCGAACGGUGGGUUGGGUUGGGCUUCGAUCGGCAUGCAGUAUAUAAUAAUGCUUGGAUUCCAUUGAGGACUCGCAGUGUUUCCGCGUUGUUUGUUUGUUGAUGAUCGCUUCCCCUCUUCUUCCUCCUUCCUCCCUUUGCCACCCGCGUCCAGAUCUGCGCCUGCGCCCUUCCGAUUGCGACGCUCCUUCCUGCUCCGCCAUGGAUCGGAGGUAGCGAGGCGGCGGGGAUGGCGGGCGGAGACGGCGAGCGCCGCCGCCGCCAUAGCAGCGGCGCGAUGGUGCCCCUCGCGCUGCUGAUCGGCGAGGAGGCGAGGAUGGAGAAGAUGGAGCGGCCGCGCAUCCGCUACGGCUGCGCCGCCCAGUCCAAGAAGGGCGAGGACUACUUCCUCAUCAGGACCGACUGCUGCCGCGUUCUUGGCGACCCUUCCUCUUCCUUCUCCGUGUUCGCGGUCCUUGAUGGGCAUAAUGGUAAUGCAGCAGCAAUAUAUACAAGAGACAACUUGUUGAAUCAUGUCAUGGGUGCAAUUCCCCAUGGGCUUGGGCGGGAAGAGUGGCUUCAAGCUCUGCCGCGUGCUUUGGUUGCUGGAUUUGUCAAGACUGAUAAAGAAUUCCAGAGAAAAGGACAAACAUCUGGAACCACUGUUACAUUUGUGAUAAUUGAUGGAUGGACAAUCACUGUUGCGUCAGUUGGUGAUUCUCGAUGCAUUUUGGAUGCACAGGGAGGGGUGAUUUCUGCAUUGACUGUUGAUCAUAGGCUAGAAGAAAAUGUUGAAGAGAGGGAACGUGUUACUGCUAGUGGAGGUGAAGUGGGAAGGCUCAGCAUUGUAGGUGGUGCUGAGAUAGGUCCCCUUCGCUGUUGGCCAGGAGGAUUAUGCCUAUCCAGAUCAAUAGGAGACAUGGAUGUUGGGGAAUUUAUUGUUCCAGUACCUUAUGUGAAGCAAAUCAAGCUUUUAAAAGCUGGGGGAAGACUUAUAAUUGCUUCAGAUGGUAUUUGGGAUGCCCUGACCUCUGAUAUGGCUGCAAACUCUUGCCGAGGAUUGCCUGCAGAGCUUGCUGCCAGACAAGUUGUUAAGGAAGCACUUAGGACAAGGGGGUUGAAGGAUGACACUACUUGCAUUGUUGUUGAUAUAACUCAAACUGAUCAAUCAUCAGAACCUCCUCCAUCCACUCCAAAAAAGGUGAACAGACUCAAGUCUUUCAUCUUCAGGAGAAAGCCAAAGGAUUCUGUUAAUAAGCUAGCAAAGAAGCUUUCUGCAGUUGGUGUAGUUGAGGAACUAUUUGAAGAGGGUUCAGCAAUGCUUGCAGAAAGGCUAGGGAAUGACUCAUCGGCGGAAAAAACAUCGAAUGUGUUCACAUGCGCUAUAUGCCAGGCGAUCCUUGUUCCAAGCAAAGGAGUAUCCGUUCAUGCCGGCUCCAUCUUCUCCACCAACUCGAAGCCUUGGGAAGGUCCCUUCCUCUGUGAUGAUUGCCGCAACAAAAAGGACGCUAUGGAAGGAAAACGUCCAAGUGGAGUCAAAGUGCUGUAGCUCUCUCCUCCCUCUUCCCCUACCGAACUCUCAUCCCAUUGCUUUCUGAGGUAUCCUGAAAUUGUUUGCUGCCAUUUUUUAUGGGCUGCAUGGUUAUUUCAUUCCGGGGGAUCAACGAGGCAUGGAAGUAAAUGAUCUGAUUGUUUUGUUACAUGAAGUUUGGGUCUUUCAAUUCUUUUGUCCUCAUUAUUUCUUUGUUGGCCACGAACAGAGCGAGUGAACACUAGUUGAAAUCUCAUCACUUGUAUUGGUAUUAAUACUGCUUGUAGUUCUAUUAACAAGAUCAUUAAUGUUGUUCCACUUUAAAUGACAUUCUUUUUUUCUA